AUGUUCUCAGAGACUCCGAACUACUAUCCAAAGGUCAGGGCAUUGACAAAAAGCCUUUAUGUCGAUGAUAUUAUUGACACGAACCACCCGGUUGUAAUGGAAGCAAUAUCUCGCCUGUCCGAGCAAGAGCAAUUUGAUAGAACUUUUCGCAUUCGUCGAGCCAUCCAUUUGCACAUGAAACAUGAACGUCUGUCAAGGGAAGAGUGGACAAAGCCGGAGGAGGAUCGUAAAUACCUCUGGCCCAUCAUAGAAGCAAUAUGCAAGGAGAGGGAUGAGCGUUCCUUAAUGGACAAGCUCUCUUCGACCUCUGAGCUGCGAUCACAAAUGAAAAGCUUUUUAGAGAAAAAGGCCUAA